UCACUGUUGGGUUUGGGUUUGGGUUUGAGUCUGAGUCUGAGUGUGGGCCCACUAGUGAUUCAAUGGAUAUGUCUCGAAACGAAUCCAUUACAGCAAAUGGUGAUGCAACAAGUUACAAGACAUGGAGGAAAACAGUCUAGAACUUUUCUCCAAUCUAUGUGCUUCUUCUGUGUAUCUACGCAUUUCAGGGAGGAGCAGUGGCAUUUGUGUAACUGCCAAGCUUGAUGAUGGGUCAGUAACCAGAGUCCAGAUUGGCUUUAUCAUUGGGAACUGUCUCCCAGACCUCUGAACAAGGGAUAUGAAUGAUUCAAGGAAAGGGUAUAUGCAGAUGAAGUGUGGGAGGCUAAUGGAAGAAGGGAUAAACUUCAAGCUGUCGAAAGAGCUUCCACAGAUAAUAGAAGACAACGUGGAGAAUUUCUGCAAGAAGCCAAUAGGAAAAGCGGGACUGACUCCUAAAGACUAUAACCAGAUGUUCUGGGCGGUUCAUCCAGGUGGACCAGCCAUCUUGAACCGAAUGGAAAAGCGGCUUAACCUCUCGCCAGACAAGCUGAGUCCAAGCAGAAGAGCUCUCAUGGACUAUGGCAACGCAAGUAGCAAUUCUAUCGUUUAUGUGUUGGAGUAUAUGUUGGAGGAGAGCAGGAAAGCAAGGAACAUGAAUGAAGGUGAAAACGAGUGGGGUCUGAUUCUGGCUUUUGGACCUGGUGUUACUUUUGAAGGCAUCGUUGCUCGAAACCUUGAUGUUUGAGCAACAGAGAUAUAUAUGCAUGUAAUAAGAUGUGAAGCUUAAAGAGAAUAACUCUUUUUAACGAUGCUUAGAUGUUUCAUAGUAAGUAUAUUUCACAAAGCAAAACGUAAAAUGUGCAAUUUGAAAAA